CAAUAAUAUGGAGAUGCGACGAUUUAAGUAUAGCAGCAGUAGGCCGUGGUGUAGUAGAAGAAUCUAUAUCAUAUUUUGGGAUGUAUAAACUUGUGGAGGCAGCACGAGUGCAGUCUCGGAUAGAUGGAAUCUCAAAGCGCAGCCCCAAUCAGAAGAGUCCAUGUCAGCAUACACAAUCCAAUCCACCUUAUCCUCUCUCCAAACCAAAAUCUAAAAUUCAUCUCUCCACACUCCACUCAUCUUCAUAAUCACAAGGAGCACAAAUUUCUUUUCAUCAAGAAGAAGAAAGAUGUCGCUCACAAUCCCCACCAACCUCUCGAAAUCCAUCUCGACGCCCAAACUGGGGUUCCAGAAGGCAAGAAGCGCCGCCAUAGUAUGCCAGGCUAACGCUCCCAACCAAGAAAAUUCAUGGUCUGAGCUGAAGGCGUUCUCGGCGGCGCUGGCCCUCUCCUCCAUCAUCUUGUCGGCGCCGGUGCUGCCGGCCUCCGCCGACAUCUCGGGGCUGACCCCGUGCAAGGAGUCGAAACAGUUCGCGAAGCGCGAGAAGAAUGAGAUCAAGAAGCUGGAGUCGUCGCUGAAGCUGUACGCCCCCGACAGCGCCCCGGCCCUGGCCAUCCAGGCGACCGUGGAGAAGACGAAGCGCAGGUUCGACAACUACGGGAAGCAAGGGCUGCUGUGCGGCGCGGAUGGGCUGCCUCACUUGAUCGUGAGCGGCGAUCAGAGGCACUGGGGCGAGUUCAUCACCCCGGGAAUCCUCUUCUUGUACAUUGCUGGAUGGAUCGGAUGGGUGGGAAGGAGCUACUUGAUCGCCAUCAGAGACGACAAGAAGCCCACCCAGAAGGAGAUCAUCAUCGAUGUUCCAUUGGCUAACAGCCUCGCCUGGAGGGGUUUCAUCUGGCCCAUUGCUGCUUACAGAGAGUACUUGAAUGGAGAACUCAUUGAUCCCAAUGUCUGAAGGGGAGGCAAGGAAGAUUCAGGGGAGGCAAGGAAGAUUUCUUGUAUUUAUACUUGUAAACUUUGUUUGUGUACUUGAACUUGUGUUUGCUUUGGAAUCAAUCAACCAUGAGGAGGAGUGUUUGCUUAA